GACCCAAACUAUUGGAUGGAGCCUAGCAGAAUUGUUGAACAGGCACUGACCGGCAUGGUGGUGUGGGUUACUGGAGCAUCGAGUGGCAUUGGCGAGGAGCUGGCUUUCCAGUUAUCUAAACUCGGGGUCUCUCUGGUGCUGUCAGCCCGAAGGGUGCAGGAGCUGGAGCGGGUGAAGAGAAGAUGCCUGGAGGAUGGCAACAUGAAAGAAAAAGACAUACUGGUUUUGCCCCUUGACCUGGCUGACACAAGUUCCCAUGAUAUCGCUACCAAAGCUGUUCUCCAGGAGUUUGGGAGAAUUGACAUUCUGGUCAACAAUGGUGGAGAAGCCCAUUGUUCCUUUGCCGUAGAUACCAACCUGGAUGCCUUCAAGGUGCUAAUAGAGGUGAACUACUUAGGGACAGUAUCAUUGACCAAGUGUGUUCUACCUCAUAUGAUGGAGAGAAAGCAAGGAAAGAUUGUGAUUAUGAGCAGCCUUGUGGAAAUUUUACCCUUCCCCCUUUGCAGUGGAUACAUUGCCAGCAAACAUGCUCUUCGGGGGUUUGCUAAUGGACUCCGAACUGAACUUUUGGACUAUCCAGGUAUAACAUUGUCUACCAUUUGCCCAGGACCUGUGCAUUCAAAUAUUUUCCAGAAUUAUUUUACUAGAGAAGCCAUUAAGAUCAGACGGCCUAAACCUACGCUCCAGCCAUUUCCUCUGAUGGCAACAAGCCGCUGUGCCCAGCUAAUACUAGUCUCCAUGGCCAAUGAUCUGGAGGAAGUCUGGAUAGCUCUUCAGCCUACUUUGUUUCAGACAUAUGUGUGGCAGUAUGUGCCAGUCUGGGACAGGAUAAUUUCAAGGACACAAUGGAAGAAAAUAAUUGAAAUAUCUAGGAUUAACAUGGUAUGA